UCGCGAGUCACUUUCGCAACCAUCGUUGGAAGAUUCUUGAACCACUCUCCCCUUCAUUCACUUGCACGAGCCACUGUCACAGGGGCGAUUUUGGAGCAGUCGAAGCUGAUUCUUCGUGCGACAUUUGUUUACCUCGUUCGUACCUCCUCACUUAUGCUGCUCAACAAGCUCUCAACCAUGGCGUCGUUUUCGCGUGCGAAUCGCCAUCUUCUAGCCGUUCUCUUCUCGGCGUGCCUCGCCAGCACCUGCUUCCCUCGCGCUGACGCUCUGCGCGUACCGCUCGCCACCAAGAUCAACAGCGACGACCAGGCGGUUUUGGAGGAUCUGGUGAGUGCGUGGGGCGACUUCACGGGGUCAGACACGUGGAAGGAUUCUGGCAAGAAGUGCGACCACUACACGGGCAUCGAUUGCGCCGGCAAUGGCCGCGUCACCAACAUGACGAUCGCGGAUGCGGGCGCGUCGGGAACCAUAGGCGUGCUGACGAAGCUGCAGAGCCUCAAGUACCUCGACCUCUCUGGCAACGACAUCACGGGGUCCGCCGCGUCGCUUUCCAAGAUCACCUCCCUCUCCUACAUCGACGUGUCGGGCAACACCAACCUGAACACGGGGUUCUCGUCGCUCUCCAACCUCGAGAAGCUCAAACACCUGGACAUCUCCGACACUGGCUACGAGGGCUCCAUCUCAACAUUCGUCUCGAAGCUCACAGAUCUCACACACCUUGACAUGGCGUCCAACAGUCUUUCGGGGUCCAUCCCUGGCUUCCUCAGCAAGCUGAAGAAGCUCGUGUACCUUGGCCUGUCAGCCACGGGAGAGGACGGGCUCAAGGGCUCGCUGCCCUCCGGCCUGGGGAAGCUCACCCGCCUGGAAGAACUCUACCUGCACCGCAACGGCCUGAGCGGGCCUGUCAACGUGCUCAGCACCCUCACCAAACUCAACCGCCUCCUUCUUGGCGACAACUACUUCAACGGCUCUUUCCCGUGGGGAUUCUCCAAGCUUCGCAACCUCAAUUACCUGAGCAUGCGGUACAACGCCCUUGAGGGACGCAUUCCAAACGUCAUCAGCACUUUGAACAAGCUCACAUACCUCUCGCUGUACAACAACAAUCUCAAGGGCAUCAUCCCCCGCACUAUCACCACGCUUACCAAGCUCAACAACCUCCUUCUGCAGGACAACUACCUCGAUGGCUAUGUCCCCGUGCUCACAUCCCUCAAGAAGCUCACAGAAGUUGACCUGAGUGCCAACUACUUCACCGGCCCGCCGCCGAACUUCUACAAGGCUCCCUCCACACUCAACCUUGAUGACAACUACUUCUUCGGCUCCUCUGUUCCCAAGGACAAGAACGGUGACACGAUCUGCGCGGCCUCUCUUGACAAGAACUGCCUGACCAUUCCGUCCUCGUACGGCUGCGGCUCCAAGCCCUCCCAGCGCACCGCUUCUGCGUGUAACAAGUUCUGCGGCACCUCUGGCAAUAUGCAGUGUGGGGGCAUCCGCAUUGGCAUCUGCUACCCGUCGGAUAAGGUUGUGGAGACUAGUGGUAGUACUAUUGACCCUGGCUGCCUCUGCGCGAAUGGGUGGUCUGUGUCCGAUGAUAAGCAGGAGUGCACCAAGUGACGGGAGAGCACAUGGAUGGCGGAGGCAGUUGAAAUAGAUGGAAUUGGAGGUCGGAAUGUUUUAUUUAUGGGAAGGUUUCGGGUCUGGUGGGGAAAUAAAGUAGAAAUAGGUGGGGAUGCGUCAUGUUUGCUGCGGAAUAAAUUGUUGAGGUAAUAUCCUUGCAACAGGGAGUCACCCAGGAUCAAGAUUUUGUGGAACCUUGGGAGUUGGUAGUAAGAGGA